CACUGCUCAGUCCAGGGCUGCGCGCUCGAACCCGCUCCGUUUCUGCGCCGUGGGUGCCCACCCCGCAGCCUCUUCCCGACGCAGAUAUGGCCUCUGGUGCCACCCCCACAGCCGUAAAGAUUGGAAUAAUUGGUGGAACAGGCCUGGGUGAUCCAGAAAUCUUAGAAGGAAGAACUGAGAAAUAUGUGGAUACUCCAUUUGGCAAGCCUUCUGAUGCCUUAAUUUCUGGGAAGAUAAAGAAUGUUGAUUGUGUCCUCCUUGCAAGGCAUGGGAGGCAGCAUUCCAUCAUGCCUUCCAAAGUCAACUACCAGGCCAACAUCUGGGCCCUCAAAGAGGAGGGCUGUACCCACAUCAUAGUGACCACAGCUUGCGGCUCCCUGAAGGAAGAGAUCCAGCCCGGAGAUUUCGUCAUCAUUGACCAGUUCAUCGACAGGACCACCAUGAGGCCUCAGACCUUCUAUGAUGGGAGUCACUCCUGUGCCAGAGGAGUGUGCCAUAUCUCAGUGGCCGAGCCGUUCUGCCCCAAAACGAGAGAGGUCCUCAUAGAGACCGCUAAGAAGCUCGGACUUCGAUGCCACUCAAAAGGGACAAUGCUCACAAUCGAAGGACCUCGGUUUAGUUCACGGGCAGAAAGCUUAAUGUUUCGAACCUGGGGGGCGGAUGUUAUCAACAUGACCACAGUUCCAGAGGUGAUUCUAGCUAAGGAGGCUGGACUUUGCUAUGCAAGUAUCGCUAUGGCAACAGAUUACGAUUGCUGGAAGGAGCAUGAGGAAGUGGUUUCGGUGGACCGGGUUUUAAAGACUCUGAAAGAAAAUGCCAAUAAAGCCAAAAGUUUACUCCUCACUACCAUACCUCAGAUAGGGUCCAUGGAAUGGUCAGAAACCCUCCAUAAUCUAAAGAACAUGGCCCAGUUCUCUGUAUUAUUACCAAGACAUUAAAAUAGCACAGCUUCCUAGAAGACAAGAAGACUUGAAUUCUGAUCAUUUGGGGAAUUCCUGCUUAAUUUAAAAUUUGAAAAGUUUUCAUGCCCUUAUCCACUAAGGAAGAACCUGUGAUAAGACCAUGCCAAUGUGAAAGAUGCCUUCUGAAAGACAUGGACUGCUUCAAAAAAUAUGGAAAGCAAAUGCAGUAAAUGUGGGAAAAUCCCUACACUUUAGAAAAAAGACAAGAAAACACCAUUCACCCUUCCCCCAUUAAAUUCAUAACAAUAAAGUCUGGGGGUAACAUUCAGUUUCCUAUGGCAGCAAGGAAUUGGAGAACUCUUAGACUGUUUAUUGGUGUUGCGGUAAAUUGGUACAAUCUUUCUGAGAGCAGUUUGGUAGAAAUGUAUUAAAAGGGUUAAAAAUACUUACACCCUUUGUGCUGGGUACUCCUUUUAUCUUUACAUUUUUAUCCUUAAAAAGUUAGAAAUGCAUAUAAAGAAUAACGUAUAAAAAGGGAUGUUUAAUGUAGUGUUCGUUUUAAUAGCAAAUUUUCAAAACAAUCUGAAUUAUCCAAAAAUUGGAGAUAAGUUAUGGUUUAGCUCUAAUUAGAUUUUGAAGCAGCCAACUGAAGAUAAUGUUUUUAUAUAAUAUUUAAUGUCCUAAAGAAUUGGUGGUUCUAUAAUAUAAAGUGAAAACAGGAUAUGGAAGCAUUUUACAAUACUAAUUUUGUUUUAUUUUUUUAUUUUUUCAGUGUCCCAUACAAUUGUAUUUUCUGCCUUCAAUCAUAAUAAUGUGAUAUCCAAAUUUGGUCUUAACUGAUGGGUCUGUAAACACAGGCUUAUCCAGCCCACUUACAGGCAAAGCAAAUGCUUCUUCUUGAAACGGUCCCACGAUGGACCCUCUGGUCAUCCAAUCCAAGCUGCCCCCUUGCCUGGCUUUAUCUUCACUAUGUUGUAUGGCCACUUCAUUGAAUCUCAUUCCAGCCUUUAACUUUUUCAAGGCUUCCAUGAUUUUUUUCCUGUUUUUCACACAAAAUGUAUCUGACCUUUCUGCAGUUGCCACCACCUUUGGGCCCUGAGACUCCUUGUCAGAACUGUCACUCCCAGAUGCUGUUCCCCCUUUUCUUUAUUUUCCAGAACCGCUUUUUUCUUUGGGAGGUAUCUAGGAAACUUCUUAAUUUUGUUUUAAAAUUCUACAUAAAUGUACAAAGAGACUAGGAAGAAAUAUAUUUUGUUAUU